AUGUUCAUUGACGAACAAGAAAAAUGUCAGACCCUCUCGACGCCUUUUUCGGAAAUCGCGAGGAGUCUAAGCGAAAGGAACAAAAAAUUGUAUAAAGGAACUAGGAGCGUCUAUCGUCGCACUGAUUUGGUGGUUAGAAAUUAUCUCGCGCCGAGCAACCAAGAGUGUUGG